AUGGCCGAUGCUGCUAGGGAGAAGGUGUAUCAGGACGCGAUGAACGAGCUGCAUGAGGUGAUCAUCCAACACAAGAACGACAACUUAGAGCGCAGUAUGACCCCAUUUGAAGUUGAAAGCACCCACCGAAUAACUUUGACCCCCGAGUCAUCACCGGAGAUUCCUCCGUCCAACGAGACCGAGGAUGAGAUUCAGGAGGUGGACGAUAAGUACAGGAUCUUUCGUACAGAGUCUCCUUUGAGACACAUCGGCUUCAAAGAGCUCACUCCCGUGACCUACGUCCCGCCGCCGCUGCUGCAGGUCCUUUCUCCCCAGGCAUCGUUCCGCGCAGGACCGCAGCAGCUUCUCAGUACGAUAGAAAUUCAGCCAAUAAAUCUCCUUGAGGAGAAGAAAGCAGCUGAGGAGGAACAAGUUGCUCCGACGGAGCUUGUCCAAACCUUCAGUCGAGUGAUGAAGGACACUGGCAGCUUGUUUGAGGCUAUUCAGAAUGAAGAUACACGCCGAGUAUUCUGA